UCCUUGGCUCUGCACAUGGACUGGGUGGAACCGGCAUUCUCCUUCAGCCGCGAGGACGUGGAACCAGCCAACAGGGUUCUGGACUGUCGUGUUGGCUGGUUCUCAGAACCCAUCUUUGGCAGUGGAGAUUACCCGCCUCGCAUGAGGAACUGGUUCCACCAAAGACACUCCCUGGACCUGUUCCAUUACCACCUGCCGUUGUUCAGUGAGGAGGACAGACAGCUGGUGAGGGGGACGUACGACUUCUUCGCCAUCAGUCAUUUCAGCACUCAGCUAGUGACCCCCACCAUUGAAGAGUAAG